AUGGAGUUAACAUGGGAGGAAGUAGAAUCAUUUUCAGAACAAGAUGACGAGCUGCAUAGCGUCAGGGUUGCGCUUGAAACCGGGUUGUGGGACACCGGACUUCGACAAUAUGAAUCGCAAGCUAAAAAUCUUCGUUCGCUCGGAGAUUUGGUGUUCAAAACGAUCGAGUGUGACAACGGGCCACCUUUCCAAAGCGAGAAAUUCAUCAACACGUGGCAAAACAGAGGAAUCGCAGUUCAGAAAUCAAUACCCUUGAGUCCCCAAUCCAAUGGGGCAAUUGAAAGGCAGAACCAAGGUGUAAAAAAAGCACUGGCUGCCUCGAAGUUAGACAACUCUAAUUGGAGAUUGGCACUCGAUAAUUAUGUUCACAAUCAUAAUAAGGUUAGACCCCUCUCACGGCUUGGAGUAACGCCGUUUGAAUUAUUAGUCGGAUGGAAGUUUCGCGGAACGUUUCCCUGUCUGUGGGAAUCUAGCUCCAUAACAGAACUUGACCUUGAGGAAAUUAGGGAGAAAGACACCUUUUCGAAGCAAGAAAGCAAAAGAUAUACCGAUUGGAGACGAGGAGCCAAGGAAUCGGAUUUGGGCGUAGGAGACAGGGUGGUGCUUACUCAGCAAAAACGACUAAAAUCUGACCCGACAUUUGGAACUGAAAAAUUCACCAUAUUAGCAAGAGAUGGGGCUAAGAUAGUUAUCAGGAGUGAUCGUGGAGUAAUCUAUUCACGGAAUGUCGGGGACGCCAAAAGGGCGACUGAGAUUCUCAAUGAGGAUCUUCCAGAUGACAACGAUGGACAUGAAUCUACUGAAGAUCCUAAAAAUAUUGUAGCAGAAGAUGAAGGAACCGGUUCAUCGAAGGAAAAGGAUGACCAUAACAUACAUCAGACGGCGAACCAACAAGGGCGACCGAAAAAUAAGCGUACCACUAAAAUGCCAUCCAAAUUUGAAGAUAUGAUUUUGUACAAUAUUUUUGAAUAGUACCGAAAUUUAACUCUGGUCAUUACCAUAAUUAUGUACUGUCAUCAUAAUAAAAUAUAAAGAAAACAAAUACAUACUAAUACAUUUUGUUGGAACCAUUACUCCUUGCUAAACUGAAAUCGCUCUUCAUGGCUGGCAAAUAAACAGAUCCUUUUGCUCCAUGCUUACUUAGCCUUGUUUAUCCGCACCACUCAUAUUUUCUUCAGGGUAUAAUUAGGAUUUUCUUCUUCUCGGUCGUUUUUUGAGUUGGACAUAUUCUUAUUAAUCUGGAAAGCUAAUGCUGUGUUCUGGGUUUUUUUUCAGCCCGUGAAUCUGAGGAGAUUCGACAUCAUGGGCAGAGCAGGAAACCGCACAGGACGUAAGAUAUCAUGAAUACGCCAUUCUUGCAAUGCUAGGUUGGCUUAGAAAUACAGCGCUGCACGAAACUAUCGGAAAACUAGAUAUAAAAUUGUCGGAAAAGCAAAAACAACGGCGAUACUGGACUGGACUGCGGCAAGCGUUUUGUG